AUGGCCAAGUCUAAGAACCACACCGCACACAAUCAGUCUCGAAAAUGGCACAGAAAUGGUAUCAAGAAACCCCAGGCACAAAGAUACAAAUCUCUCAAGGGGGUGCACCCCAAGUUCCUGAGGAACAUGUGCUUUGCCAAGAAGCACAACAAGAAAGGCCUGAAGAAGAUGCAGGCCAACAAGGCAAAGGCAGUGAGUACACAUGCAGAGGCCACCACGGCCCUUGUGAAGCCCAAGAUGCCGAAGGGCCCCAGCCACAAACUCAGCCGCCUUGCUUUCAUCACUCACCCCGAGCUUGGGAAGCAGAUUAGAAGCUACAUGGCCAAGGGUUGUAGGCUCUGCCAACCAAAGCCCAAGACUCAAACCAAGGCAGAGGCCUCAGCUCCAGCUCAGGCUCCCAAAGGUGCCCAGGCUCCUGUGAAGGCCCCAUAG